GUCCAAUCUCGCUAGUAGUGAGUGCAUCUAGCUGUUUAGUGUAUAGCUAUAAUGUGUAAUCCUUGCGCCCAAUGUAUAAUAAAGAAGACACGUCUAUGAAUAUGAAAGUAAUACAAUCAGAGAAAAGUAUACUAAUUGAUAUGAUACAACUUUAUAAGGAUUUGCCUGUUCUUUGGGAUCCCACACAAGUGCAAUACAAUGACAAAAAAGCUAGAGAUCAAGCGUAUAGUAUCAUAUUAGAAAAAUACAAAGUUUUACGCCAAGAUGCGACGAUUGAACUCGUUAAAAAGAAAUUGGAGAAUAUGAGAGCAACUUACAGACGUGAAUACAAAAAGAUAUCAAGACACCAUGGACUACGAAUCCAGUGAUGAUGAGGGGGUUCUUGACCUAUGUAAAGAACUAGGAAUAAGAAUACCGCCGAAAAAGAAAAAUAACAAUAAUACCACCAGGGAUAACUUAGAAAACAUUGAUAUUAACAACUUGCCCGUUGUUAUAAUACCCGACAAUACCUACGUAAGCAGCGAGGUGAGUGUACAUGAACUUUUCGAAUUCCAUAACAAUGUAAUGAUGGUACAAACUACAGCUCACUCGCCUAUGUUACCGUCGAAUGAAGAACCUAUUGAUAUAAAUUUUGCGCAAACAAGUGUAACAGACCCUACAUUAAUGGAAGAAUCAACAGACCUUGCAGAACCGAUGGCGAGUCCCUUGCCUUUGAGUGACGAGGUCGAACAAUAUGGUGAUCUUAAUUCUGGCCGAAAAAGAUGUUCAAAGGGAUGUUCAGUGAACAAAAACUGGACUAAAAAUAAUAACAAGAAACUUAGAAUGGAGGUAAAAGAAUAUUUAGGGUAUAGGCGAGAUAGCAAUGGUUCAAAGUUUAGGGUAUUACAUGACACUAUUAGGCCAGCCCGAAUAAUUGGCCCUCGAUGUACUACCGAGUUUUGUAAAAAAUCACAGCUUAGUGCUCGUAAUACAAUACCAGAAGAGGAACAAAAUACCCUUUUCUCCAAUUACUGGAAUAAUAUGACGCGGGAACAGCGUAAACAAUACGUUGUAUCAAAUGUUCAGGUAUGCCCAAAAAAGCAGGUCAAAUGUAAAUCAUCAUCAUCUAGGCGUGGUGAGACCAAAGAGUAUUUUUAGAAACUUUAAAUGGACGUGCUCAAGUUUGCAAGCAUACUUUUCUGAAUAUGUUCGUUAUCAAAGAAUGGACAGUCAGAUAUUGGCUAUCGGUGUCUGAGCUUGGAAUGGCAAAGAAACCCGAACUGACUCGUAAGGUUUUAGAAGGACCCUCAAAGAAAGAUGAGGUAGCUUUUCUUAAAGAUUUCCUAAACAGUUUGCCAAAGAUGCCUUCUCACUAUUGUAGAGCUACCUACCUCUUCUAGAGAAUAUUUAGAGCCUAUGAUCGAAAACAAGAAUCAUCUUUUCAAAAUUUAUUGCGAGAAGUGUAAAUCAGAAAAUAAAGAACCCGUCAGCCGAUGGUCUUUUGAUAAAAUUUUUAAAGAAAAUAAUUUAAGCUUGUUCCAGCCAAAAAAGGAUCAAUGUGACACAUGCUGUGCGUUCAAAGCAGGUAAUCUUGGCUAAGACAUCUAUCGCAAUCACAUUAAUCGAAAAGAAGCAGCUAGAGAGGAGAAAAAGAAAGACAAGGACCGAGCAUUAGCAGGAGAAGCACACGUAUUUACGCAUGACCUCCAAUCAGUAAAGUUGUGUCCGAUGUUGCAGGCUAGUGCAUUGUACUAUAAAACUAAGCUCUGUGUGCACAAUUUCAUAAUGUUUAACCUAGCCACAAAAGAUGUCCAUUGUUACUGGUUUGACGAGCAUAAUGCAGGAUUGGUGGCUUCUGUUCUUGCAUUAUGCGUCAUAGAUUGCCUGAGAAAAACUCUUUCAGAAAAACCUUUGCCAAUUAUCCUAUUUUCUGAUGGAUGUACAUCCCAAAACAGAAACGUUGUUUUAGCGAAUGCUCUUUUAGAUUUAGCCAUGGAAUAUAAUGUCGUAAUAACACAGAAAUUCCUUGAAAAAUGUCAUACCCAAAUGGAGUGUGACUCCAGCCACAGUGCAAUUGAAUGCAGGCUUAAAAAUAAGGAGAUAUACUUACCUUCCGAGUAUGCCACUAUUUCCAAGGAAGCUCGGCCGAAACAACCUUUCAUGGUAAACUUUUUAUCAUACGACUUUUUUUUGACUACUCAAACAAAGCUGAUUUUUUGUACGAGUCCAUCCCGCCUUGCCGAGUUGCCAACGAUCCUACAGUCACAGAUUUGAGAGCUUUGGAAUAUAACCCUAACGGCAUUAUUAACUACAAGUAAAGCUUUCAGGAUGACUAUAAAAAUUUGCCCAGAAGAGCCAAAAAUAAUAGGGCAAGACCGGGCCCAAGGACUAAGCUUUAUAAUAAUCAUCAAAAAAUAAAUGAAUCCAAAUGGAAACAUCUGCAAGAACUAAAGUCAGUUAUUCCGCUUGACUGUCAUAGUUUUUAUGAUACUUUACUUCAUUAAAAUUUUAUAAUGACUGAUAUUGUAUUUUUGUUAUUUUGAUAUAAUAUGUUUAAGUAAUACUUGUCAGUAUUCCAUUUUGAUGUAAGAUAUUUUAUACCAAAUAAUUAUCCAGGUUAACAAACAGUGCAAUAAAGUGAAAUUGUUAAUCAUUUGUAAUGAAAAGUUAAGAAGAGUGGUUAAAACGUUCUAGAAGAAAAUGUAUUAUGUUUUGUUAUUGUUUAAGAGGUAUAAGUCUACCUGUUAUUUUAAUUUUAAUUGAAAUAAAUGAUUUAUAAAUAUU